CUAAUCCGAUCCCCAGAUGUUGAGGAUCAUAUUUCAUUAUCGGGAUCUUGUGUCAAAGCCAUUAUUUUAUAAGACAUUAAUGAACAAAACUUGAUACUAAAAUGUCUGUGGUACAGAAGCUUCAAGAUGAGUUGACAAAGACAUUGAAGCAGGAUGGAAUCUAUGAUGAAGUUCUUACUAAGUUUAAAGAUUGUAAAACAAACAAAAGUAGAAUCCAGAUGGUUGCACAGAUAGAUGGCGUAAAUAAACAUUUUGACAUUAUCCCUGACACUAAACAAAAGUCAUCUGAUACUUCUAUUAGACGUAGAAAUGAAGGAAAUACAUUCUUUCAGAAGGGAGAAUUUCAAAGAGCGCUGGACAAAUAUAACCAAAGUGUAGUGAAUGCCCCUGCAUUGCGUUCUGAAGAUCAUUCAAAGGAUGAACAUAAGGGAGACAACUUAGAAUUGUCCUAUGCCUUGGCUAACCGCUCAGCUGUCUUCUUUCAUCAGAAAAGUUAUGAUGAUUGUUUGAGUGACAUUGAUUUAGCUAUUCAGAAUGAAUAUCCUAAAUCUUUAAUUUAUAAAUUACAUGAAAGAAAAGCAAAAUGUUAUUUUGAAAAGAAAGAAAUACCAAAAGCUACUGAAUCAUUUCAAAAUGCACUCAACUCAUUGUCAGAUGCUGAACUUGAUGAAAAAAAAUCCAUAAAUAUAAAAAACUCAGUUGAAAGGUCCAUUGAAAAAUGUAAGAAAAGUGUAUCAAGUAAUGAUGGAAAGCCAGGACCCAAGUCUUUCCAGAAAUUUCAUGGUCCACUUCCAACCAUUGAGAAGAGAAGUAAGAUAUUUGCGUCUGCAUUUGAUGCUGUGGGGAUAACUGAGAAUGAAGAAACAGAAUUUGGACUGACUGCCACUCGAGACAUUUAUGUUGGUGAAGUACUAAUAAUAGAAAAGGGCUAUACUUCCAUUGUAUUACCAAAGUAUGAUACUAUCUACUGUCAUCAUUGUUGUCAGCGAGUCGUGUCCGCUCAUCCAUGUCAUCAAUGCAGUGAAGUCAUGUUCUGUAGUGGCACUUGUCACAAGGAAUCAUGGGAGGAAUAUCAUUCCUUAGAAUGUCCAUGUUUAGGAACAGUUAAGCAGGCUAAUAUAGGCCUUGGUUACUUGGCUUUUAAGAUGGUAGUGAAAGCAGGAUUGUCUUCAGUAAUGGAGUAUGAGAGUCAAGAACAAGAGGAUGGAUGUAAGAGGUCUGUUGGCUUCAACACUGACGGUGUUUAUAAUUCUGAUGAUUACAACACUGUGUACAGCUUAGUUAAUCAUAGUGAAAAACGUACACCAGAAGAUCUGUUUAAGCGAACAUUACAAGCAUAUUUUCUAUUGAAAUGUCUAGAGAAGACAAGCUACUUUAAUAUAGAUGAGAGAAAAGUAUCAUUUGCAGACAAAUGUUAUGUAGCUGGGCAUAUGUUACGACAUAUUAUGAUGCUUCCAUGCAAUGCCCAUGAAGUUUCAGAACUUGCUCUGAAACCAGAAUGUUUGCCAGAAUCUGAAACCAAGGAGAUAGGAUCAGGAAUCUAUCCUAUUCUCAGUCUAAUCAACCACUCAUGUGACCCUAAUGUAGUGAGACACUCAUAUGGCGAUGUAUGUGUGGUCCGUGCAAUAAAGAAUAUAGAUGCUGGUGAAGAAAUAGCGGAUAAUUAUGGCGCUCUCUAUCCGUUAACUGUAUGUUCUGAAAGAAGAGAAAUAUUAAAACCACAGUAUUAUUUUACAUGUAAUUGUAAAGCAUGCAGAGAAGAUUGGCCAUUGUAUUUCAACAUACCGGUUGAUGUACCCAAGUUCCGAUGUCAGAAAUGUAAUGGACCUGUUGUCAUUCCUCCUGACAGGAAGACAGAGAACUCUGUUUGUCUUAAUUGUUCACAUGUUCAAGAUACAACCAAUGUUAUUGUCAAACUACACCAAUCACAAGAUGAAUAUCAGAAUGUUCUACAACAAGUCCUAACUGGAGAGAGAUUACAUGAAGCUCUGCCCAGGUUAGAAGCAUAUCUUCAGUUCUUAUAUAAAACUGUGUGUAUACCAUGGCAGGACUGUAACAAUUGUCAGGAAGCUAUCAAACAAUGCUAUGCUGUACAAGCAAGCUGCUUUAUUGCUAGCUGAAAUAACCAUUCAAUGUUAUUUGGUGCUUUAAAUUUGUGCAAUCCCAUGUUGAAAAAAAGGAAUUAGGAACAAACUUGUUAUGACACAAGUCAAGUACAAACAUUUUUAAUGUAAUUUAUAAGUUAAAUGAUAUAAGAUUUUUGAUACAUGUAUUUCAUUUUAAUUUAUAUUUGGAAACUUCUAAUCAGCUAAUUGAAAAGGUGUUUUAUUUUAGUGUCUCAGUCUCAAUGUGUCUGGUACUUGCAUUUUUUUCACUUGACUCAUUGCUUUCUUAGCUUAUUUUCAUAUCAAUUUAGUGCAUACUUUCUAAUACUGAUGAAAAAUGUUUUCUGUGAAAACUGGUUUACAAUGUAUGUUUAUAUUAUCAAAAUUGCUAAACUUAUCUGUUUUAUCCAUUUGCUAGUGCCACAAACUUUCUAUAGUUUGCACUAGGUUGAGUAUACAUGUAUGUGUAAUUUAAAGUCUUUUUUGAGUCAAAACAACAAAGAUAUAAGAUUAUUUUGUACAUUUGUUUGUUAUAUCAUGUUUAAGUAAUUUAAUAUGCACAACUUUUUAUGCCAAAGCAAUUAUAGAGAUUUUUGAAUUUUCCUUUUGAUAGUUACAAUUGAAGAUAAAAAAAAUCUGAAUUAUAUUUUUUUAGACUAGAGGAUGUAUACACACAAAUGUGAAUGGUCAUACAUGUAUGUCAGUUUGUUCAUGACCGAUGAUGUACCCAAAAGCUAGUAAAAGCCCAGCUGUAUACAUGUAUAUAUAAUAUACAGGUAUAAAAGUUACUCUAAAAUGUCAUCUUGCAAUAUAAAAAUGUGGAGUAGUGGUAAUAUUCCAAUGACAAAUGAAUGAGAGAACUAUCCAGCAGAGACCAAAUAAAUGACUGCAUGUAAACAUCUACAAUUACAGACUUCAACAAUGAGCAUUAUCUACACCUUAUGGAAAGCUAUAACCCUCCAGGGGUUAACAAAGUGUUAAACAAUUAAAAAAAGAAAAACAGCAGCCUUAUUUAAUUCAAUCUUUCUAUUUGGUUUUUUGGUUCAAUUUAUUAAAAGUAUUCAGGUCAAAGUGAAACAAAAUAAUCUGUCAUAAACACGUCCAUGAUGUGGUGGGAAAAUUCUUUUAAUUAGAUAUUAUUGGUAACCUGUAUGGCUUUAACAGUUAUUAUCAUAAUAAUUAUUUCAUGGUGCCUAGUCAUAAUGUACAUUAUGUAUCUGUCAGACUAAAUCAAUGGCAUUAAGUUUAUAUUAUAUUGUGAACAAUGUGUAUGAUUUUCAGAAUAUGUUUUUUGUCAUGAAUGUACAUUUUUUCCAUUGUACCCCAUUUGUAUAUAAAUCUACAUGUAUUUUCAUGAUUUAUUCAAGGGACUGUUUCUCUGUGUUUGUUUCAUUGUUCUAGUGCAAUAUUUUUUUUAGGAUUUUUUUUCUCAUUACCAGUAUAUGCAUUUACAGUGUUUACAUCAUGAAUAUCUUACCAGCAUACUAAAUGAACAGUUUGGGCUGAAUCCAACUCCAAUUGGGAAUAUCAUUUAAGAGAAAGUUAUUUAUUGUGAAACACUUGACAGUCAGGUCAAAGUAACAUGUGUCUGUGUUUAAAUAUUCAUGUUACAGGAGAAUAUGUUCAGAUAGAUAAGUGUCAGAAAUGUAAUAAGUGAAAAAUUUAAACUGCAAAACUGUCAGUUAAGUUGCAAGUUCAGUUGGAUAACUGUCAUUCUGAUGAAGUUGUAUAAGUUUGUUUUUUUAUUAUAUUAUAUAUCAUUUUAUUAACCGUUUUUUUGUGACAAAAAUGUCGGUUAUUGAUUUGGGGAUGCUCGGU